CGCCACGCGUCCCUUCCCCGCCUUCGGAGCCCCGCGUCCGCCGCGCCGCUGCUAGUAUAAUAGCCCCCUCGCCGCGCAACCGCACGAGCUCGCCCGAGCAAACCGCCGCCGCCGCCCGUCGUUCGCCUCGCCGCUCGCUCCCCUCUGCGAAGCCCAUAGACAAGUUGAUCUCAUGAGUUCAGGAAGAACAGUGGCAUCCAAAGUUUCCUGUUCAGCGGGAAACAGUGGCAGCUUCCCACCCUGCCUCCUUCCAGGAUUUCUUGGGUUCCCAGUUGUUUUUGUAAACUUCCACUUGUUCAAGGCCAUUGUUCGCAGCCCUGCAUCUUCUAUUGUCCUGGGAAUCUGCGGAGGGAGCCUCCCUUAGUCAGCUGCCCUAUAAGGCAUCAUUCUUGUUAAUCUGGGAAUUGGUUGUGGGGAGCUGCCCCGGCUAAAUUGUGGCCCAAGACUCCUUAGGUCACGGCUCUAAACUGCUGAAUCGCAUAGGUUCUUGAAGAUGGUUUCCUCUGAGAUAACCUCUGUUUCAGCAGCUCGUGCACAGGGCCCCAAGCUCUUUAGAGGGAAGAUACUUCUGCCUGGGGGGCCUCCAGAUGUUGUCCCAUCUGAAAAUGUUGAGUUCGACUUUUCUGAUGUUUUCGGACCUACUGCAGUCCAGACUCCCACAGAAGUGAGUAUUCUCACUCCAGACAGUCCAGCACCUGUGGCUGAGUCCAACGAUGAGGUUUACAAUGACCCUGAUGUCAUUGUCAAGCGAUCUCAUUCUCUUGUUGGUCCAUCAUCUCUUGUUAGCCAAGCUUUGCCAUUCAGCAAGCUUACCCUACGUGAGACAGAGAGCUCAUUGGAACUUUCAGAGUGCUCUUCUAAGGAAAAGCCAAUUAACCAAGGGCCCCUUAGUGAUGAUGAGCUUGAUGAUGUCAAAAAGGAGAAUGAGGGUGUUGGACUCGAUGACUUCGAAGUCUUGAAGCUUGUUGGCCAAGGAGCAUUUGGCAAAGUCUAUCAGGUGAGAAAGAAAGGUACUUCAGAAAUAUAUGCAAUGAAAGUUAUGAGGAAGGACAAGGUUGUGGAGAAGAAUCAUGCCGAGUACAUGAAAGCUGAGAGAGAUAUACUGACAAAAGUUGACCAUCCUUUCGUAGUGCAGCUGAGGUACUCCUUUCAGACAAAGUAUCGACUUUACCUUGUCCUAGACUUCAUAAAUGGGGGCCAUCUCUUCUUCCAGCUUUACCAACAGGGUUUAUUUAGGGAGGAGCUUGCACGCAUCUAUACUGCUGAAAUUGUAUCUGCUGUAGCCCACCUCCAUGCCAAUGGUAUUAUGCAUAGAGACUUGAAGCCCGAGAACAUCUUACUGGAUGCUGAUGGUCAUGCCAUGCUGACUGACUUUGGUGUGGCAAAGGAAUUUGAUGAAAACACUAGAUCAAACUCAAUGUGCGGUACUGUUGAGUACAUGGCCCCAGAAAUUGUUCAGGGCCGAGGUCACGAUAAGGCUGCCGAUUGGUGGAGUGUGGGAAUCCUUCUUUUUGAAAUGCUUACAGGCAAGCCACCGUUUGUUGGUGGAAACAGAGACAAGAUUCAGCAGAAGAUAGUGAAGGAGAAGAUAAAGCUUCCAACAUAUUUGUCUAGUGAAGUUCACUCUCUGUUGAAAGGAUUGCUGCACAAAGAAGCUGGCAGACGGCUGGGAAGCGGGACAGGCGGUAGUGAUGAAAUAAAGAACCACAAGUGGUUCAAGUCAAUCAACUGGAAGAGGCUGGAGGCCCGGCAGAUCCAGCCAAGCUUCCGCCCGAACGUUGCUGGCAAGACCUGCAUUGCGAACUUUGAUGAGUGCUGGACGAGCAUGCCCGUCUUGGACUCUCCAGUGGCCAGCCCUGUCGCAGCCAACAGCAACUUUGUGGGGUUCAGUUAUGUGAGGCCUUCCUCGUUCCUGCAAAAGCCGAGUCCUCUUGGCUGAGGAACUACUUCCAUUAUCAGAGAAGAUCGACCCUGGAGUUCGAAUAUUUAUCGAUUUCUACUUUUGUGAUUUCGUGUCUGGAAAAUCCUUCAAGACAUCAGUGAUGUAAGUGUAACUUGAUUGUUGUGUUGUGGGGGGAGGCAAUCUAUUUGCUCGAGGACAACUGCUAGAGUGCUAGGCCAAGUGACCAUGUAAUAAUUGCCAAAAUUUCUUACUGAAGGGGGCAUAAUUAUCUACUGCAAUUGCUUUUGCUUCCCC